UACAAAGAAAACAUUGUCAAUGCAGUCUGGUUUCAAAUCUAACUGUGUCCAGUUUUUUGCAAACAAACUGAUGAUUAAAUGAUCUCUAAAUAAACUGAUAAUGUAAUCAGCCCCUCUGCUCUUCCUGCUGGAGGAUCCCCAUGGGACCACUGGCCUUGCAUUUAUCGACCAAUCGGCUCGUGUGAGAGGAAAAACACGACAGCAGGCUCGAGCGGAGGGGCGCGCGUCGCGCAGGGCUGGCACGCGCAGAGAAGACAUAGCUGCGACACUGCUGGCGAGGCGAAGACGCGUCUACGGCCGAGAGGAUGCAGUGAAGGAAGAAGCCUCAAUUUCCCCGCUAAUUUACGCCGGUGAGCCACGGCAACUAUAAGAAAAUAUCGACGAAAAUGAGCGUGGUCAAGGCUGGGCACGACGGCAGGGUCGACGGCGGGAGAGGCAGCCACAUCGACGGCAGCGGCGGCGGCCGGCGGCUCCCGAGGCUCCAGCAGUGCGCUCAGCCUCCCAACAACAGCGGCGGCAGCAGCAGCAGCAGUCGGACCAAAGAUGCCAGAUACCAGCAACAGCUCCAGCAGCAGAGGCAUCAUGGUGGGUCGAUGCUGAAACAACCAUCACUCAACGAGCCCGCCGACGUCGUGCGACGGGCUCUGGACUUCAAGUGCCAAGGGACCCAGUGCUACAAAGAUAAGAAGUACCGAGAGGCGAUUGGCAAGUAUCACCGCGCUCUGCUGGAGAUAAAGGGGCUGUGUAGGGUGCUGGGGGAUCCGGACACCACCUCCAAGCCCCCGUCCCCCCUCCUACCAACCAUCAGCAAGUCCAGCACGCUGACAGAUGAGCAGAAGGGGGCCAUGGAGAAUGCAGAGCUGGAGUGUUACAACAGCUUGGCCGCCUGCCUGCUGCAAAUGGAGCUGGUGAACUAUGAACGGGUGAAGGAAUACUGUCUGAAAGUGCUUCAUAAGGAAGGGAAGAACUUCAAAGCUCUGUACCGAUCCGGCGUUGCGUACUACCACCUAGGAGACUUCCAGAAGGCCCUGUACUACCUGAAGGAUCACAAACAGGAACCAUCAGACACCAAUGCCAUCCGCUACAUCCAGCUGACAGAGAUGAAGAUUCGCCGGAACGCUCAAAGGGAAAAGAAAGAGGCGACAUAAGCACUGGCCGUGUGACGACUUCUCACCCGGCGUACGUCCCAGCCCUGCUGUGUGCCACCCAGACCUCACACACCAUGGUUCAGAGGUCUUGGUGUGAAACGAUAUUUGUUUGCUUUUGCCUUGCACAGCAUCCGGUUUCCAGUUAUGUGAUUGAACUUCAUCGUUGCGUGCUUGAAGCAUUUAAAAAAAAAAAAAAAAA